AUGUUUGGUUCUAUUUCUAACGCUGCAGCAAUUGCAGUCGCAGCUUCAUCUUACUUUGCUGCUGCUCAGGCCCUCGGUCUCAACAUCAGUGAGUACUUCGAUUUCACAUUGGGUCUCGGUCUUCCAAGCGCUUCUCCAUGUUCUUCCAACUCAUUGCUCCAAAUUGGACUUCAAGAAAGCUUGGAUCUUGGUAUCAACUUGAAGAGAGAAGCUGGGCUUCUCCAACAGAGAGCUACCCAACAACCCCCCAAGGCAGUGUUCCAAGUUUCUGCCGUUGCACACGUUGAAGCAAACCUCUUUAAGGUUACCCUUGAUUUUGAGACUGCUGCUUCUGCUCAACUUUUCCAAAGCUUCGCCAACUCCGCUAAAAGUGCCAAGGUUACUGGAUUGGGUUCUGACUUGCAAUCCGAUGCUGUUGUUGUCGGUGCCGAUGCUAGCACUGGAAUUGACAACUUGUUUGCCUUCUCGGUGUCAGUUCUUAUUGAGGCUUCCAUCCACAACGGUUUGUUCUGUUUGCCAGAUGGUUUAGCUAUUGAGCUCGACCUUGACCUCGAUGUCAACACCGAUGUCGGUAAGUUGUGGCAAGAAUACUUCCCACAAAACAUCAAGUAUGCUCUUGACCAAAACUUCCAGGAUGCCAAACAAUUCACUCCAUCCAAGAGACAAGAUUUGGAAAAGAGACUCGAUAUCAACCUUGAUCUCGACCUCGACCUUGACAUCGAACUUUUCCCCAAGUUGCAAGCCCCAAGCAACGUUUUGCCCAACUUCUGUUGGUCAUUGGACUGUGUUUCCUCCGUGGCUUCUUCUGCUGAAUCGUCCACUGCUCCACCUUCAAGCUCGGCCACUACCGUUCCAGCUGCAUCUACUACCAACUCUGGUUCUUCAAGUGUGACUGGUGCUUCUUCCGGUGCUUCUUCUACCGGAUCUGCUGCUUCUUCCACUGGUUCUGCUACUGGUGGCUCUGGUUCUUCCAACACUGCAUCGAACACUGCAUCCAACACUGACGGCUCGGGCUCUUCUACUAACACUGGUGCUUCCACCACUGACGGCUCUUCCGGUGCUAACACUGCUACUAACACUGGUGCUUGCAACACCAACACUGCUACUAACACCGGUGGUUCUGGUUCUAACACCAACACUGCUACCAACACUGGUGGAUCUGGUUCUGACUCCAACACUGCUACUAACACUGAUGGUUCCGGCUCGUCUGCUUCGAGCACUGCUACUGGUGGAUCUGGUGAUGGCUCUGGAAACGGUGGAAACGGUAACGGAUCUGGUUCUGACAACGGUUCUGGUAACGGUUCUGGUUCUGGUUCUGACAACGGUUCUGGUAACGGUUCUGGUUCUGGUUCUGACAACGGUUCUGGUUCUGGUUCUGACAACGGUUCUGGUUCUGGUUCUGGCUCUGGUUCCGGCUCCGGCUCUGGUUCUGGUUCUGGUUCUGGAUCUGGUUCUGACUCUGGUAAGGCUCAUGCUAACUCAACUUCUUUGGCUGCAGUUGCUACUGAGACCGAUAUUGUCGGCACCACCAUCGUCACCAUCACUUCUUGUUCCGACAACAAGUGCACCAAGCAACCAGUUACUACUGGUGUGACCACCAUCACCAAGGACGAAACCGUCUACACCACUUACUGCCCACUUCCAUCUACUGAGGCUGCUCAAAGUUCUCCAGUUACCAAGGCCCCAGCUUCAACUGCACCAGCACCUGCCACUUCCAGUGCUGCUCCAGCACCUGCUCCAUCCAGCGCUGCUCCAGCUACUGCCCCAACUAGUGCUGCCCCAGCUACUACUUCCCCAUCCACUGCUGCCCCAACUACUACUUCCCCAUCCACUGCUGCUCCAGCUGCUGCUUCUUCAACCACUCCAGCUACCGUGGUUCCAGCUACUCAAGCUCCAUCCAGUUCUGUGACACCUCCUGCUGUCAGUGAGGUCUCUGUUGGAGCCGCCAACAUUGCUCAAGGAUCAGUGUUGUCCGUGAUUGCUGCCUUCGCCCUCAUUAUGAACAUUUGA